AUGUGGGGAUCCAUAACGGAUCGAUCAAUAUUCACCAAGAACAAAAAGAACCACCACCGUCCCCUACCUCGAAUGUUCCGUUUCCACGAGACCCUGACUUUGUCCCUCGUGGCACUAUUCUGGAUGAAAUUCAUGCCAAAAGUUCCACUUGUCCUGGUUCCUGAGUUGCUCUUGUUGGCUUGGGUGGGGUCGGGUAAGUAUACACAAACUGCGAAUAUCCACGGAUGGCAUUUUGCUGAGACUUCGAAAGAGACAUGGGUCUUUUGGAUGCAUGCAGGUAAUGCUGCCAGGCUCCAAGAGAGUUUCCAGGAUGCUGCCGAUCGCCUGAAAAUUCCCAACCGCCAUGAUCCGAAAGCCAAUGGAAGAGAGUCAGCCGACGGACGGCCGCUGUCGUCGUUUCUUCCUCGAGGCUCAAACGGAACGCUCAUUAUGACUACUCGGACCAAGGAUGCUACCUUGAAGCUUACCGAUAACAAGAACAUCGUCGAGAUUCAUCCGAUGACCGUGUCUGAUGCUGUGGACCUUGUAAACAAAAAGCUGGAUCCCCCGGCGACCGAAAUGGACGCCCAAAGACUAGCAGAAGCGCUUGGGUGUAUGCCCCUUGCGAUCAUACAAGCAACCUCUUAUGUCAACUGCCAGUCAUCAAGCUAUUCGGUCUCGCAGUAUCUUGCAGAGUUCGAGCGGAAUGACCGCAGAAAGUCAAAACUACUGGAUUACGAGGCUGGACAUUCUCAUCGGGACAGGGACGCCAAAACUUCCAUUCUUAUUACUUGGAGAAUCUCUUUUGAACAGGUCCGGAAGAUGAACAGCGCGGCAGCAGACCUCCUCUCUCUCAUGAGUUUCUUUGACCCCCAUGGAAUAUCAGAGGACCUUCUCCAAGAAUUAACCGAAAGUGAUGACGAAUCAGAAGAUGACGACGAUGACUGUGAGACCCCAAGUUCGAGUGAUAGUGAUACGGAUAGUGAAUUUGAAUUUGACUCUACUUUACAAUUUCGAGAUAACAUCGCCAUCCUACGGGCUUAUUCUUUCAUUUCUGUCCGUGAAGAUGAUCAGAGUUCACAGGUGUUUAGUAUGCAUCCGCUCGUCCAAUUGGCCGCAUGUCAAUGUUUGGACGCACACAACGAAGGUGAUAAAUGGAGGGACGAGUUCGUGAUGAUCCUGUCAAGCGUCUUCCCAGUAGCAGACUUCGAAAAUUGGACUGAAUGUCAAUCUUUGCUCGCGCACGUCCAAUCGGCAUACAUAAAAAAGCCACACUCGGAUGGAGCUCUCAGGGCCUGGCAAAUUACUCUGCAGGACAUCAGAAUACAGAAAUCCCUAAAGGCAUCGAAGAAAGCAUGUGGAGAGGAGCAUGUCAACACAAUCAUCAGCAUGCACAACCUCGCAACUACAUAUGCACAUCAAGGCCGACUGAAGGAGGCUGAGGCACUAGAAAUAAAAGUGCUAAAUCUUUACAAGAAAAUACUUGGGGAAGUCCAUCCUACUACAAUACUCAGCAUGGGCAACCUCGCAGCUACAUAUAGACAUCAAGGCCGACUAAAGGAGGCUGAGGCACUAGAAAUAAAAGUGCUAAAUCUUCGCAGGAAAAUACUUGGAGAAGAGCAUGGAGACACGAUCCUAGGAAUGAACCGCCUCGCUUGUAUCUGGAGAAAAGCAGGUCUAGCUCUAGAGGCGCUCGACUUGCUACGAGACUGCGUAGCCAUAAAGACAAGAGUUUUGAGGCAUGAGCACCCCGAGACUAUGAAGUUAUAUGAAAAGUUACUGAGCUGGGAGACCGAACAAAUGAGCCUCGAUGUCGAUGAGAAUUAA